GUUUGCGUUUUGUCUGUCAAGCACUGUGAACGUUUUAAAGGGCUUAGCAAAUCUGAGCACUUGAGUAUUUUUUUUUCCCUAAAUUUGACUAUGUAAGAGGUGGAAUUAACUCCUUUUUGUUGGUGGGGGAGGGUUGCUGCUUUCCAUGUUGGGUGCAUUUCCACGUAAGUUGCCCUGUGAUCAAGUUAACAUUUACGUUGUGACAAUUUGCCUGGUUGGUGUUUCAUCCCUCCCGAACUGAUCUGCAGUUCUCCCGCACAGGGUUAUUCUAAGGAGAUUUGUUGACUAGAAGUUUAUCAAGAGUUGGAGUUGCUGUAUUGCAUUGGGGAGCUUUAAGGUCUCUAAAGCUUUUAGUUGUAAAUGUGCUGAAAUCAGUACCAGAUCUCCCCCAAGGCUUCAAACUCUAGCAAUGGCUAAUGCCAUUGGCUAACUUAGGCUAAUGCUGUGAAGGUGAAGCUUUAGCUGGAGCUGUGUCACCGUUUAAAAGACACUGCUGAGAAGUAAGUUUUUAGUGCCUAGCUCUCAAGCUGCAGGAGAGCCAUUAAGAUGUCCCACGCUCUCCCUGCAGAUGUGCUGCGAGGGGGGCGUUUUACCCCCGCGCAGUCUCAGGGGGCGCUGGCCGCUUGCAGACCUGCUGCCCGUCCGACUCACUUUGCAAACUUUCUCUCUUCCUUUCCCCCUCUUGCUUCCAGAGUGAGAAAACCCUGAGCAACCUGAGCAGCAUGCUGGACAAGAAGGCGGUGGGGACCCCCGUGACCUCGCCCAGCUCCAGCUUCGCGCCGGGCUUUCUGCGAAGGCACUCCACCAGCAACCUGCAGGCUCUGGCCAACAGCUCCAAGUUCCCCAGCUCCUCGGGCUCCAGCUCGUCGUCCUCGUCCUCGUCCUCCUCUUCCUCGUUCGGCAGCCUGAAGGAGACGGGCACGGGCGGCGGGGGAGGCGGCGGGAGCAGCAGCCCCACCGCGCUGCUCAACAAGGAGAACAAGUUCCGGGACCGCUCGUUCAGCGAGAAUGGCGAGCGCAGCCAGCACCUGAUGCAGCAGCUGCAGCAGCAGCAGCAGCAGCAGGCGGGGAAGGGCGGCGGCGGCGGCGGCGGCGGGGCGCCCAUCAACUCCACGCGCUACAAGACGGAGCUGUGCCGGCCCUUCGAGGAGAGCGGCGCCUGCAAGUACGGCGAGAAGUGCCAGUUCGCGCACGGCUUCCACGAGCUGCGCAGCCUCACGCGCCACCCCAAGUACAAGACCGAGCUGUGCCGCACCUUCCACACCAUCGGCUUCUGCCCCUACGGCCCGCGCUGCCACUUCAUCCACAACGCCGACGAGCGCCGCCCCGCGCCCGGAGGGGGCACGGCCGCGCCCGCCCACCCCCACCCCCACCCGCCGCCGCCUCACCCCGCCGGCAGCACCGGGGACCUGCGCGCCUUCGCCCCCCGCGACCCGCCGCUGGGCGGCGGCGGCGGCGGCUUCGGGCCCCAGCGCGGCGCUGGCGAGCGGCCCAAGCUGCACCACAGCCUGAGCUUCUCCGGCUUCUCCGCCCACCACCAGCACGGCUGCGGGCAGCAGCAGCCCGGCGGGCGGCUGGAGGCGGCGCUGCUCGAGAGCCCCGGCGGGUCCCGCACCCCGCCGCCGCCCGCCUCCGCCUCCUACUGCGACGAGCUGCUCUCCCCGCCCUGCGCCAACAACGCCUUCGCCUUCUCGGGCCAGGAGCUGGGCAGCCUCAUCGCGCCGCUCGCCCUCCACAGCCCCGGCUUCGCCGCCAGCCCCGCCGCCGCCGCCGCCGCCGUAGCGGCCGCCGCCUUCUACCGCUGCCAGCAGCCGCCGCCGCCGCCGCCAGGGGGGAGCUGCCCGGCGCCGCCCGCCUCGCCCCCCUUCAGCUUCCAGCCCCUGCGCCGCCUCUCCGAGUCCCCCGUCUUCGACCCGCCGCCCAGCCCCCCGGACUCGCUCUCCGACCGGGAGAGCUACCUGAGCGGCUCCCUCAGCUCCGGCAGCCUGAGCGGCUCCGAGUCCCCCAGCCUGGACUCCGGCAGGCGCCUGCCCAUCUUCAGCCGCCUCUCCGUCUCCGACGACUAGGGGGAGCUGGGCCGGAGAGAGGGGCGGGGCGGGGCGGGGCGCGGAGGGGGGUGCACCCCGCUGAAGGGGGGAGGAUAAACCCCGGGAGCAGAGAGCGCAGCCUUGAGAACUCGCCAAGCUCGCACAGGCCUUCGAUGAUCCUCCUGGGUUUGGUUUGGUUUAAUUGCUGAGCAAGUAAAUUAAAAAGCGAGGAGAGAGGA